AUGGCCUCAACUAAGGAGCGCCUGGCCAAGGCCUUUGGCUUUGAUACCCAAGAUCGUGACAGCGACAUCCCGUCAAUAUCCAAUGCUGAUCCCUUCAUCGAGCGAGAACCGACCGUCGGGGAGUUUCUCGAGGAGAUCCGUCCGACUCUGCACGAUGUCGGCCAGUACCUUUACAACCUGUUUCCCUUUAUCCACUGGAUCGGUAAAUACAAUUUAACCUGGUUCAUUGGUGAUUUGAUUGCUGGCAUCACUGUUGGCGCCGUCGUUGUGCCUCAGAGUAUGGCCUAUGCCCAGCUCGCCCAGCUGCCCGUUGAAUAUGGCCUGUACUCUUCCUUCAUGGGUGUUUUGAUCUACUGGUUCUUUGCAACUUCCAAGGAUAUUACCAUCGGACCUGUCGCUGUCAUGUCCCAAGUCACCGGCGACGUCGUGCUCAGGGCGGCAACACGAAUCCCAGAUGUCCCUGGCCACGUCAUUGCUUCAGCCCUGGCCGUUAUCGCAGGCGCCAUCAUCUGCUUCCUCGGCCUCGCACGCUUGGGCUGGAUCGUCGAGUUCAUCCCACUGCCUUCCAUCUGCGCCUUCAUGACGGGAUCCGCCAUCAACAUCGCCGCCGGCCAAGUGCCCAAGCUGAUGGGCAUCAAGGGCGUAAACACACGCGCCGCGCCGUACCAGGUCAUUAUCAACACGCUCAAGGGGCUGCCAACGACGACCAUCGACGCUGCCUUGGGCCUGAGUUGUCUUCUGAUGCUGUACCUGGUUAGAGGCGUCUGCACUUACCUGGCCAAGAAGCAGCCUCACCGAGCCAAGCUGUACUUUUUCAUCUCGACCCUGCGUACGGCCUUUGUGAUUCUGCUGUACACCGGCAUCAGCGCGGGCAUGACGCUGCACAACAAGGCUCACCCCAGAAUCAGCAUUCUGGGCAAGGUGCCUCGUGGCUUCCAACAUGCUGGCGCUCCUGAGCUCAACAGCACCAUCAUUGAGGCGUUUUUGCCUGAGCUUCCCGCCGCUGUCAUCGUGAUGUUGAUUGAGCACAUUUCCAUCUCCAAGUCGUUCGGCCGAGUCAACAACUACAUCAUCGACCCGUCUCAGGAACUCGUCGCUAUUGGCGUCUCCAACUUGCUGGGCCCCUUCCUGGGCGCCUAUCCCGCGACAGGCUCCUUCUCUCGUACCGCCAUCAAGUCCAAGGCUGGUGUGCGAACGCCCUUUGCCGGUGUCAUCACCGCCAUCGUCGUUCUUUUGGCUCUCUAUGCUCUGACGGCCGUUUUCUUCUACAUUCCCAACGCAGCGCUUGCCGCUGUCAUCAUUCAUGCCGUCGGCGACGUCAUCACUCCCCUUCCCGUCGUUUUCCAGUUCUGGCGUGUGUCGCCCCUUGAGGUUAUCAUCUUCCUGGCGGGUGUCUUGGUGACUGUCUUCUCCACAAUCGAAAACGGCAUCUACACCACCAUCUGCAUGUCAUUUGCCGUCGUCAUCUUCCGCCUGUUCCUCAGCCGUGGUCGCUUCCUGGGUGUGGCCCGUGUGCGCACCGUUCGGGCAACCAAUGGCGGCGCAGACAAGGGUGACCAAGAGGCCUUUGCUGAGCCAUCAGAAUACUCGGAGCGAUCUGGGUUCUUGCCUCUGGGCCACGAAGAUGGCUCCAACCCUCAAGUGACUGUAUCGAGCCCGUAUCCCGGCAUCUUCAUCUACCGCUUCGCUGAAGGGUUCAACUACCCCAACGCCACGCGGUAUCUCAACCACUUGACAGAGACCAUCUUCAGGGAGACUCGACGCACGGAUAUCAAGACGAUUGCGAAGCUUGGUGACCGACCCUGGAACGACCCAACCCCCCGAAACCAGAAACAGGACGAGCACGAUGGCCGGCCCACGCUCAAAGCCAUCAUCCUCGACUUUGCCACGGUCAACAUUGUCGACGUGACAGCGGCUCAGGCCCUGAUUGACGUGCGCAACCAGCUGGAUCGAUACGCUGCUCCCCGAACAGUAGACUGGCACUUUGCCCACAUCGAGAACCGCUGGACAAAGCGCGCUCUAGCCGCGGCAGGCUUCGGCUACCGAACUCCUCACCACAACGCCGAAAACGGUGAGGGUGCGGGCCACUGGAAGACCAUCUUCAGCAUCGCGGAUCUGGGCGGCUCGGACAGCGCGGCGGCGGCGGCUGCGGCGGAGGAGAAGGCCAGCCGGGCAGUUCAGUACGACGUGGAGCGGACCAACUCGGAUGACAUUUCAAAGGCCUCUGACUCUGACAAGGACGUGCCUUCGCAUCCCAGCAGCCGGCGCUUGGUAGCAAUCCGGGGCUUGAACAGGCCAUACUUUCACUUUGACUUGCAGGAGGCUGUUGAGUCUGCCAUUGCAAACGCGGAGAGACACGGGAAUGAUAAUGAGUCUGACUGA